UUGAGACGAACGCACGCGAUCGCCGCGCCAGGACCGCACGAAACGAGUGAAUUCGCAUUCGAAUUUCGAAGUGUUUUUAUUUUUUUUUAUUUUUCAAAUAAGUUACUGCUUCGGCUACCAGCGGUUUUAGCUGUCACCAUGCGGAACUUUGUAAGAACCAUCGCCCUGCUGAUAGCUGUUUCCGCCGCCAUGGCUGGACCUUCAUCAUCAUCAGGCAAUGGAAACGAAAUACUGAACGACAAGAAAGACCCAACCACACAUGAACUACUCGCCUCUCUAGGCCUUAAGAAACUCAGGAUACCCGCCGCACACCAUCGCAAACGUCUCGCUGAACAGGGCCGCAGGCACGCCACUGGCGACUCUAGAAUGUUCGUCAUAAAAUUACCUCCAAACACAAGCUAUUACAAUAACCCUGAGCCCGCCCCUGCUGCCGCUAGGACCCUACCUCUGCAAAUGACGGGCAACGGAAAACCAGCAAGAGUAUACCAUUGGAACAUUCCCGUACUACGAAAACUCGCUAAAAACCGACCACAAGCGAGAUUCGACGAUGACGUCGUCGAUGUAGAAAGCACGCCCACGUGGCCGAAAGGCAUGAAUCAUCCGAACGCUAUAGACGGCCUUGCAUACUACGUACCGGCUAAGAAAUCAUCCUUCAGGAAGUAUUAUUCUGGCAACGGAAAGCCUAAAUCAUUCUACAUCAUUGAGAAGAACAAGAAAACGGCCGAAUACCAUAGACUACUGCCAUAAUUUUUUAAAAAUUAUUAAGUAAGUCAACCGUACAAUGUCGUAAGGAUAGUCUCUGUCUUCUUUAUAAAAUAAAACUGCUUCUUAUUUAUUUAAAAACAUUGUAAUUUUAGGAAUAUUUAAUCUUUAUUUAUCUUCUUUUUUCGCAGUAACUUAAAACCAUUCUGAUUAGAUUCUAACAUCAGAAUAUUAAAAAUAAUCAAUUUACAUAUUUCCUAAUUACUUACAGUUGACCGGCAAUUUGUCGUAAAUUCGCAAGGUUCGCAACUUCCUAAUGUUAAAUUUGACACCUACUUAAUUCAAUUAUACAAUCAAUAUAAUUGAAGUUCAAUAAAAUAAAAUAAUGAAGUAAUAAACAGCAUAUAUAAUUACGGAAUAAUAAUCAUUUCUUGGCAUUUUCUCUAUAUUCGGAUAAUUUAUACCUAUAGAAAUUAAAUUUUCGAAUGACUUAUGAAAUGAUAAACAGUGAGUUACUUUUGCUUAGACUUUUUUUGAGAUAUAAAUACCUUUUUUGUAUCAAAAGAUUAUUAAUAAUAAAUAAAUCUUCAAUGUGUAUGUCUAUUUAUGAUUGUGACUAAUGUUAUUGUAAAUAUCGCUUCGCCUUUAGCGUAAGUAAUCGAUAGGUGCUUAGUAAUUAUUAUUAAGACUGCGGACACGAAUUUAAUUAUACCUUACGUAUAGGGACGUUCGAUUAGCAUUUUUAGAAGUAGGUAGGUACAGUCAACCGCAUAUCAAGCUACCCUGCAUGGAACUAUAUGACGCGGUAAUAGAAUAAAGGAGAAUUCGGAGUGAAUUUGGAUAGGUUGAUAUGAUGUUGACUGUACCCUUAGCCGUAAGUUAUCUUUUUAUUUAAAUUAAUUUAUUAUUUUAUGUAGGCUUUUCAAUUUUUUGUUCGUUUACAAAAGAAACAUAAAAUCUACCAAACUUGCUACAUUAUUUUACAUUACAUAGGAUGGAAAUAAGGUUUGUUAAAAAUAGCAUCAUUUACUACUGUCUCGAAUAAAAUUUUGAAGUACCUAUCAAAUCGCACUAGUUUUUCUUUUUCAGAAUAAAGUAUAUUUGUAACUUAAGCAAUUUUUUUAUUGUAACUAUUAUUCCAAUUUCGCUCUUGUCAAAGCUUAACAAUGUUCCUCUAUGCAUUUAUUGAUAAUAAAUAUUGUAUAGUAAUCACAUUAUGGGAAAGUUUUAACUUAUUUUCAAUAAGAUAUAUAUGUCUUUACUUCGAAAAAUGAAGUUUAUUUCAAUAUUUUUU